AUGGGAUUCCUCCUACUGGGAUUCUCCGAGGUCCCGGAGCUGCAACUGGUCCAUGCCACGCUAUUCCUCCUAGUCUACGUAGUGGACCUGAUAGGGAAUCUCAUCAUCAUCGCUGCCGCCACCCUCGACCGGCUCCUCCACACCCCCAUAGAAAUUUCCUUCCUGUACUGUGUCUUUCAAUUUUUGUUGCUCCUGCUGUUCGCCUUUUCUGAGCUGUACUUUCUGAUAGCCAUGUCCUUCGACCACCACCAUCUGCCGCCCCCUGAGCUACGAGGUCAUCAUGGACCGAGAAGCCUGCGGUAUGAUGGCGGCCGCCUCCUGGUCGGGUGGUACCAGAGCGCCACCAUGCACGCGGCCGCCACCUUCUCUGUUGGCUUUGGCGCGUCCAACUACGUGCACAUCUUCCAGGCCGUACUGAGGAUGUCGGCUGCCAAAGGCCGGGCCAAAGCCUUCUGCACCUGCCUGCCUCACCUCGCCAUUGUGAUUUCAUUAAUCUCCAUGGGGACCGUCACCCACCUCCAACCGCCCUCAGACUCCUCCUCGACGCUGGACUUGUUGGUGUCAAUGUUCUACACCGUGAUGCCCCCUGCCCUAAACCCCUUAAUCUACAGCCUGAGGACCCGGGCAAUGAAAGCAGCUCUGAGGAGGGUGUUAGAGGAUGGCUCGGAGAAACAGGGACACAUGAAGUUCAUCCUGGGGAUACUUUACCCCUUCAACAUCAAGUGGUAA